AUGCCUGUCUCCAAGUUCUCCGUCGACAUCGUGAAGGGCUGGACUCGCGCUACUUGCGUGGCGUUCAUCAUGCUGGCAGUGUCCGAGAUGGAUCCCACGGAGGACUUAACUAAGUCUUUGGUGCAGCCCCUGGAGAAGGUGCUUGACAGGGCUUGGCUGUUGCCGAUGCAUGUGGCCAUUGGUAUGAACAAGGAUCAGCAAUCCUUCAGGAACAUGUCCCUUUCCUUCCGUGGCGCUGAGCGUCAAGCCCCAUCAGCUCUUCAAAUGGCACUUCGCUUCUCGACGAUUAUGGACAGACAAGCCGGCAGCACAGCAGGCAAUACUGAAACCCGAUUGAAGAAGGUCAUCAAGCAGUUCAACAGCAGCGAUGGGCUUCACGUCCGCCACCAAAUCGACGCUGACAAAGAGCGUUCAAUCCUGAAUCUCAUCGUUGGGACUUCCAAGGAUACCCGGGACAUAAUGUCCCAACAUCUUGCCUUUGUCAAGUGGCGUGAAUCAGCGUUCAGCACAGAGUUGCUGAAGGGGUCACGGUGGUUGGUGGGCGCCCGCCCCAAGGGCUUGCCAGACAGCCUGCAGGAGGUGCUCACAGUGACCCCGCAGGCCCAAGCCAUGCUGAUGGAGCUCCACGUGAAGCGGUUCUUGCAAGCCACUCGGCGAGCAAAGCCUUCUCAACGUGCUCGGGCCCGGGCUUCUCCAGAGGAAUUUGAGAAGAUGGUUGACUAUGCCUGUGUCUUUGCACACCUUCGGGAGAAUGCGAAGAAGGCCACGUCGGAUCCGAAGGUUGAUGGCAAGCUGAAGGAUGCCUUUUUGGCAAAGGACUACUUCCAGGAUGUGGAGGCUGUGGUUGCUUCGAAGAACCCGGCCUUUCAGCUCAAAUCUUUGAUCGUCUGGACUGAUUUGGUGGAGCCGCCAGUGCUGCCCUCUUGCCUGCAAGGGGAAGAGUCGAAUGAUCUCUUGGCGGCUCAGGAGCAGGCAGCUGCUUCGAAGUUCAAUGAGGUCAAGAUGAAACUUGCUGCCGACUGCAAGGCUAUGAACGCCUUCAACUCCGAGAAGACGCAGGUCGCGGGCAAGCAGCACGUUGCAAAAGUGCUCCAUGAAAAGAGUCAGAUUGAGACCGGGGCAAAGGUGGUGGCUGACUUCAUGAAGAGCCGUUGCUGGAUCGGGCUAGUGCCUGAGUGGUCCAUGCCUGCUGAAGUGGACACCAUGCUCCGGGCGACUGGCGCUCGCAAUCAGGUUCCGAUGGAGAAGGUGAAUGUGAUCGGCUGGGUUGACUUGACCAAGAUUGGAGUCAUCACUCAGAAGGACGUGAACAAGGGCCGGCGGAACUACACUGACGCGCAAGAAACUGCCCAGUGGCUUGGAGGGGACCACAUCCCUGAACAGAUCCUGAGUGACUUGCUGAACAGCACUGGCAAUGAGAUCAAGCCAGUGAUGGUUGUCAAUGCGGCCACGUUCGAUGGAUGCCUCGAGAAGACCUGCGUGAAGAAGGGUCUUCCAUGCGUAUCCCAGUCGGAGAAGCAGCCCCACUUCGUCACGUCUUUGAAGAUCACGAAGAGCUUUCUCCUGGACCUCUGGAAGGAACAUGAGGGAGCGAUGGAAAAUGCCUUGCCUCGCUAUGUCCCUGAGCCGAACCCAGAAGUGCUGCCAUCCGACCCACAAGAGCCCAGCUUGAAGGUUUGUUCUUUGGUCGAUGGCUGCUUGUGUCUUCCUCGCAACAUCAGGGCUGAGUUCCUCACAGACGCAAUCAGGGGCCCCGAAUGGCGCAGGAUGCUUCAAGAGUUCGAUCGGUGCUUCGGGACAGCAGCCACACCAGAAGAGCCCAAGGCUGUCUCUGAAGGCGAUGAUGGCAGUGCUCAGGAGAAGACUUCUUUUGAUUGGCCCGGUGCCUUUGAUGAGCCUCAGGGUGCAGAGGAGUGGCACGCCAAGUAUGAUUCGCUGAUUUUUGGCAAGUUCACGUGGUGCCCAGAGCUGACUGCUUACAUCGUCAAGGAAGGUGUUGAUUCAUCUGUGGCGGACCCCGACGCACCCAAGAAGUUCAAGCUGUUCAUUGAAGCAAAUGAGGCCUACACACUGGGUGCCACUGAUCCGUUCCUGACAUACGGGGCUGGGGCAUGGCUUCUGGACAACAAGGCCGAGGCCUUUCUGUCUGACAACGCGGAGCACGGUCACAAAGGUGUGGUGUGCAAGUUCAGCUCUGACUUGGACCCUGUUGUGCUUGAGGAAAGUGGUCAUGAUUCGGAUCUGAAAACACUCCGCAGUGUGAUUCAGCACUGUGAGACGUCCGGGAUGGUCGACUUUGAGAUUGGAGGCCACACUUUUUCGAGGCCAGCGUCAGUGGUUCAAGGGUUGUCUGCCGACAAGUUUGACAUUGCCACGAAGGCAGGCAGCUGCAUGGUUUGGCGGCCAAACAACCUACAGGUCACGGGCUUGCGGGCGACCAACGCUGCGAGCUUUUUCUUAUCCAACCUCUUGGAAGCUUCGCCAGGGCUGAGGAAGGUAUGGCGCGUUCGACCGUAUCGGCCUGAGAAGACUCUCGGCGCAGCAAAGCCAAUGUGGUUCCUCAGCCACACGUUGGACAUGGCAAAGGGAACCGUGCAAAGGGUGGUGUGA